GCGACGUUUGUUUUCAAAGCAGGACAAACUAGCUAGCAGAUUUACUUUUAUUAAAAGACAUUUAUCCUUUGAUAUGUGUUUAUUUGCAUUGUCGUCAACGUACAUUGAGACAUGAAAGUCCACACAACGACGCCAUGGAGUGCCACAUGACACAACCGAGGGGUUAUCUAACGUAAAUUGCCUGGAAUGGAUUUACCUUCUGAAAACAUGUUCGAUAUUUAUAAAGAUGCGAUCUGGAAAGAGCUGGGACCCUUGGACCCCGACUGGUUUGAGACACUGACGUCUCAAGCGUUCACUGAGGACAAUGUCUCUGACCAAGAUGACCUGUGUGGGAACCAAGAGGCAAACUUUAAAACACCCUUUGACAAAACUGCAGUUGACAGUCAGCUGUUGUCAACCCCCAAGGUUUUCAGACACAGUCGAGUUGUGUCACCUGAAACUGAGGAUGAGCAGUCAUUCACUGAAAAAGAAGCUUUGCCAUGGACGACAACCCAAAGUCCGUAUUUGUUCAAGAUGUCAACAGUGGGGAUUCGCGGUGCUAAAUAUGGAGGUUUCCUUCCUCAGAGUCAGGACCGUUUUGAUCUGCUUCUUACCCCACAAAAAUCCCCAGUCACCUAUGACAAGCAAAUAUCUGAAAGUCUCGGAGUACAGCUCCAUCCUGACAUAUCAUGGACCAGUUCUCUGAAUACCCCGACAGCCAUUCCAUCAACCCUCAUUUUGUCUGAAAAUAAUGAGAGUCCCUGUCAAGUGAGGUCUCCGGAGUACAAAAAUGUUGUUUUUGUUCGGAAGCUUUUCCCCUCUCUUUCUAAUGCGUCCAGAGUUGGAAGAGUGUCACCCAAAAACAAUGACGUAACCGCCUUCCCCCAAGGUGACAUUUCCCCUGAGGUGCAUCAGAAUCCAGAGUCCCAUGACCCCGGGAACCCCCCGGGUUCACCCAAUCAGAGUGACCUGGGUUGGAAACAGACACUUCCAGACGCCAUCGAGGAUGGAGAAAUUCGCAAAACAGUUGCAAGUGUUCUUGAGGGAGCUGAAAAUGUUCUCUCUAUAUUUUUCACCAACAGUAGCUCUGCACUGAGGAAAGUCAAAACUGAACAAAUCAAAAGAAAGCAUAUCACUCCAACCAUAGACGAUGGCUGCAUCUCCUCGGACUUCUCAUCCACAAGCAAUGCUGCAACCUGUGAACAGGGAACCGCUGAUAAGGAACCUGAUAGACCCCCCUCACCCCCACUGGUGAAAACUGUGGAUAGUGGAAUCACACAGUGGUCUCCGUUGAGUUUAUCUGAUCUCCCACCUUGUACUCUGUGUACUUCUUUCCACUGUGUGGAAAACAAUGUUUCAACAGAACAACUUCAGCGUGACUCGGACUCUGGCCAGCUUGUAGUGAGGACACCUUUGAAAUACACAGAUACUGCAUUUACCAAGAAAAAGAGAAAAUUCGUGUACACCGUUGAGACUCCCAAACUGCAAGUUCCAGGCAAAGAAAAGCGGUGUCAGAGGAUGGACCCAUCCCCAGCAGCUCCAGAUCCUGGACAAGAAGUUAAUGUGACGCGGUCAAAAGCCCCAGACGAAGCACACUUUCGCAGCAUCGGGAUGAACCAGAUGCCAAAACAGGGAAGUCUUGUCGACCCAACUCCACGUUCUGCUGUACGAGCGAAAGUCAACGAUCCUGACACGUCACAGCUCUGCAAAGAGUUUGUACAAGAUUUCAGCCAAAUGUCAGACCACUGUCAACUGAGUAAGGUACAAGGGGAUACACCUGGAACCAGCUUCUCUCCAUCUGCUUGUCUGUCUGCACUGAAGCGAGCUAAGCAGAAAACAAUGCAUGCAAACCCUCGCCAUGACCUCGGCGGCGGCGGUGACACUCAUCACAAUAACCCUAUCAAUGACCGCACAAUAGGUGACAGUGGAUUCCAGUCUGCUGUUGCAGAUGGCGCUCAUGGGAGUGCUCCAUCAUUCGCCCUUCCCAGCCCGGAGAUCCGUGGUCUGCAGUGGGCCGAUGAACAAAGGACCCCUCCUGUCGCAUCCAGAAAGAUAGCGAACGGAGAAGUCCAUUCUGAUGGUGUUUUACAAGCAGCGGAAACCGAUGCCAAGCGGUCAAUCAGGGAGAGUCAGUCCCCGGGUCCUGGCAGGAAGAGGGAGCUGCACAUGGAGAGCACAUCAGCACGACGACCCAGCACUGCAAAAGAAGCUGUUGAAAACAAUGAUUGCAGCUCACGUAACGGUCACGCCGAUGGCCACCUGCCAGAGGAAACCGCUUCUCUUCUUUCCGUCCAUCCAUCUGGAUUCCAAACCGCUUCAAAUAAGAGUAUACGCAUCACUUCAUCCAACCUGGAAAGAGCCAAACGUCUCUUUGAAGAGACCGAAGGGGAAAGACUUUCAGGGGACCAGCCCAUCAAGUGUGCCAGAGACUCUAAGGAGGAAAUGAGCGUGAGACCCGAGGCAGUGAAAAAUCCAACGACUAAGUCGAAUCAGCCACUUUCUUCGGAUGAAGCAAAUAAGAAUACCGGGUGCCAGUUAACCGCUUCCCAGAAAGCUGACGUGACGGCGCUGUGUAUUCUCCUGGAACAAGCAGACACCCAGUUUGAAUUCACACCGUUUAAAACUGAAAAGCCAAAAAUAAGCUGCCACGCCAACGCCACCUCUCCACUAGAAGUUGACAACGAGCUUGACCCAGACUUUCUCUCUGGUAUAGACUUUGAUGACAGUUUUAAUUCAGAAGUUGAAAAGCACCCGGCAGUGACCGUGGUACCUGACGAAAUAAGCUCCAUUUCAGAUGGUAAAACUAGCCGUGAGACAUCUGAGGUCACAAGUAAUUCCACAGGUUUGUUGCAGUCAAACCCAAUGAAAAACGGAAGAAAUCUCUCUCCUGGGGAGGGGUCUACCUCUUCAACGCACUUCUCCGCAGGCAGCUGUAAGGUUAUGUCAGCUGAACCCAAACAUCUUGACGGAGCCGGUGAAAGGAGCAAGCUGCAGAACGAGAAUCCUUUAAUGCCUGGUGCGGGAUUUAAGACGGCGGGGGGAAAUGUUUUGAGACUUUCUAAAGCGUCUCUGGCGAGAGCUAGAGCUCUGUUUGCCGAUUUUGAGGGGCAUCCUGUGACGAGUGAAACGUCCCAGGACAAGCUAAGCAGCGAAACCGGUGCGAAAAGCAGCGUGCAUGAACCCACUGGUAACCUUCUGCAUCGUACAGAGGGCGGUUCUACGUUCACGGAUCGUGGUCACGGCACUGAGGGGAGGGUAAGGGGCUCUCUUUCCAACACGGAGGACUCUGUGUGUUCAGAGGGACAAGUCACAGGCAUUGGAGAUGACGAUUCUGCAAAUCCUUUGGCGAACAGCAAGAUGGACACAACCACAGAGACUUCCCUUUCAGCAGAGGCAAAGCGAGAGGAGGACGCGCUCGGCAGAGACUGCGAUGCUACCGACGGUAACGCCGGCACGUCAGUCAACCGCACGAAGAGCACCGAAGGCUUGUCCGCGCCUGUCCCUCAUGAGGAAACCCCUCCAAAAGGGGAAGUUCAAGGGAUGAAAGUCAACAAAGAGCCAAUUAGUGAGUUGGAAAACGUGAAUGCUGGACCAGCUGCGAGCCAUUCAUUGGUCGUCCAACAUAACGAGGAGAUUGACAAUUUAGGUUUUACUGAGACACCGGCUUUAACAAACGCGUCCUCUCUCCGAGGAAAAACCUGCCGUCAACUUCAAGUUCCAUCGCCCAUAAGUGGGGGGUUUCAGACAGCCAGCGGCAAAGCGGUAGCUAUUUCAUCUGCAGCCCUCAAGAAAGCCAAAUCUCUGUUAAGUGAAUGUGUUGAAGUAGAGGACAAAGUCUUUGUUAAGCCAACCCAUUGUAAGACGCUUCCUGGUCCGACAUCCGGGAAUACUGGGUUUCUCGCAGCCAGCGGGAAGAAAGUGGCGUUUUCCUCUGAGGCGCUCCAGAAGGCCAAAGCUCUCUCCAGCGACAUCAGUUCCACUGCAGAGAUCCCAGCGGCUUCAGAAGCAAAGAACGCUGACGAGACGCUAGCCGAAAAUACCGAGCAAACACAUUGUGCUCUCACAAAUAAAGGCAGCGCUAAAGUCCACGUGUCACAGAGAUCCCCGUUGGAAGCAAAACACCUUUUGACAGAAUUCGAUGAUGGUUCUAUUUCCGCCAGCGCUAUGCGAGAAGCGGAUGCUUUCUUCAAGGACUGUGGCGUGAUGCAUGGUAACGUUCGCCUGUCAGGAAAACAAGAGAAAAGGAAGGCACCGCUGGGCGGAUAUGGCAAUGAAAAUAAAGCCGCUACAAAAUGUAAAGAAGAUCCGAGGUUGGAAAUAAACAGAAUUUCUGUAGAUCUUGGAAGGGGACACGCAGAGUUUGAAAACGUGAACACGGGACUAGAUGAAAAGCAUGAAAAGAUGCUGCAUCCUGACGACGCAGAGACCCAGAAGGGUGUUUUUAAGAAUACGUUGGAGUUUCCCAACGCAGCUGCUCUACAUGGAAACUCAUCUUUGAGGGUGAAGAGCCUUUCUCCACUGGUGUGCACAACAUCAAAGAACGGGAGUCCCUCGGGCAUUAAGGAGUUGAGCAAAGGUGGUGGAUUCUGCACAGCCAGCGGGAAAAACGUCUCCGUGUCUGAUGACGCGAUGACAAAAGCAAGGUCUCUUUUGAAUGAAAGUGCUACAUUUGAGGACACUAUCAAACAACUGAAACAAUUAGAAAACACUACUCCACAACAGAAGGGGGGGUUUCAGACAGCCAGCGGCAAAGCGGUAGCUAUUUCAUCUGCAGCCCUCAAGAAAGCCAAAUCUCUGUUAAGUGAAUGUGUUGAAGUAGAGGACAAAGUCUUUGUUAAGCCAACCCAUUCCAAGAUGCCGCUUCCUGGUCCGACAUCCGGGAAUACUGGGUUUCUCGCAGCCAGCGGGAAGAAAGUGGCGUUUUCCUCUGAGGCGCUCCAGAAGGCCAAAGCUCUCUCCAGCGACAUCAGUUCCACUGCAGAGAUCCCAGCGGCUUCGGAAGCAAAGAACGCUGACGAGACGCUAGCCGAAAAUACUGAGCAAACACAUUGUGCUCUCACAAAUAAAAGCAGCGCUAAAGUCCACGUGUCACAGAGAUCCCCGUUGGAAGCAAUGAAAGUAUUGACAGAUUUUGCUGGUGUUGAAUGUCAUAAUUCAAACUCAUUAAGCCCACAUCCCCUUAAAUCAGAUCUAUGCAAACUGAAAGGUGUGGAAAUAACUUUUAAUCCCCCCACAUCCAGGACCCUGUGUAGUGCCUCUGAAUCCUCUUUGCAAGACAGUGACCUCCAAAGUCCUCCAAAACAAAGUAUCCCUAGGUGCAUUUUUAUCAAAGAGCAGGAACAUUCAUUUAAUGCCAGAGAAGGUAAAAUGACCCCCCAAGUAUUGGGCAGGCUUCAUGACGCCGCUGCAGAGGAUGUGUUGGACUGCGAAAUCAAACCGGCAAGCAGCAGGGAGGGGUCGCAGGUGAAAAGGCCACGGGUGUCUUCAGUUGGGUUAAGUGGGUGCACUGAAACGCAGCAGGAGCUGUUCGCCCAGGAAGCCCUGGACUGCACCAAAGCUUUGUUAGAGGACGAAAGUCUGUUCGGCCAAAGUCUCUCAAUGACUUUGGAAAACGUGCCACUGCAAGAAAACACCAAAUCCAGCUUCAGACCUGCAGAGGAACGACGGAGGCCUGGGAAAAGAUCAAUAGAGGAACCAGAGAUGCCCGGUCAGCCUCCCCUGAAAAGACGAUUACUGGAAGAAUUUGACAGAACUGCUGAUGGUCCAAGAAGUUCAACACUCCAUCCAGAAAAAAGUUGUCCAAAUGGUGUAAUUAAAGACAGAAGGAUUUUCAAGUACAACGUCUCUCUCCACCCCAACAUCACCAGGCCGGGCACAAAUGGGAAAAACUAUGUGGAAACCAGAUUGCAAAAUACAACCCCAACGCAAUGCUCGACCCCGGGAGACCGCAGAUCAGCACAUUCCAAGAAGCCGGCGUUUGUUCCUCCUUUCCUCGCAAAUGCAAAGACGGACAUCGGCAACAACGCAACGCUGAAGGACAACACGAGAACACCUUCUGCAUUCGUUCCUCCUUUCAAAAAACAGAGAGCUGUUGUCCAAGAGAGCUCCUUCAGACCACUGGUGGAGGAGAAGGAGGAUAAACUCCAUCAACUUUUUGUAACACCCUUCAACAGCAACACUUUUACAGCGCCUACUAAAAAAAGCCAAUGCUCUACAGAAACAGCCGGUAACAAAAGCAAAGAAGACAGUGAAACCGUGGCCUUGGCUGACUAUAAGAAUAUUAAAAAGAUGAAUAAUCCAAACCUCCCUGUUGGCUGUGGAUCAGAGGGCACUUCUGCAGAGAGGUCACUUGGGGAGGGCUUGUCUAGAUGCCAAGACACAUUUCAGAAUCUUCCCAAUGUCGAGCUGGCGCGAGAUAUGCAAGACAUGAGGAUCAGGAAAAAGAAGCGGCAGACCAUUCGACCUUUGCCGGGAAGUUUGUUUCUCACCAAAACCUCCGGAGUGACAAGGAUACCGUUAAAGGCUGCAGUCCACGGAAGGCCUCCUGCACGAUACACUCCGCAACAGCUGUACAGACACGGAGUUCAUCCGCAUGUGUGUGAGAUCUCCAGUGACACCGCCGAAUCUUUUCGCUUCGAUUUGAGGCAGUUCGUCAAACGGGAAGCUUUCCUAGACGGAGGUGGUGUUCAGCUCGCUGACGGAGGAUGGCUGAUCCCCAGCAAAGACGGGACUGCGGGGAAAGAAGAGUUUUAUAGAGCACUAUGUGACACCCCGGGCGUGGAUCCCAAACUGAUCAGUGACGGUUGGGUGGACAAUCACUACCGAUGGGUGGUGUGGAAGCAGGCGUCCAUGGAAAGAUCCUUUCCAGAAACAAUGGGCAGCCUCUGUCUCACCCCGGAGCAGGUUCUCCUGCAGCUGAAGUACAGGUACGAUGUUGAGGUGGACCACAGCCGCCGGCCGGCUCUGAGGAGGAUCACGGAAAGGGACGACACAGCCGCCAAAACCCUGGUCCUGUGUGUCUGCGGGGUCGUCUCCAGAGGUCAGUCCCCCAACAAACGGAGUUUCGACGACCCAAGGACGCCACGAGGUGCCGACUCCCGGGUAGGCAAUCCGUCGGCAGUGGUCUGGCUGACAGACGGAUGGUAUGCCGUUAGAGCCCAGCUGGAUGAACCCCUGACCGCCAUGCUUCAUAGCGGCCGAGUCGCCGUCGGUGGCAAACUGAUCGUCCACGCGGCUCAGCUGGUGGGAUCUCAGGAAGCUUGCUCCCCUCUGGAGGCACCUGAAGCUCUCAUGUUAAAGAUCUGCGCCAAUAGCAGCAGACCUGUUCGAUGGGACGCGAAACUGGGGUUCCACAAGGAUCCGAGGCCCUUCCUGCUUCCGCUCUCUUGUUUGUACAGCAGUGGAGGACAAGUGGGAUGUGUGGACAUGAUCGUACUGAGAAGCUACCCCAUCCAGUGGAUGGAGAGGAAACCAGAAGGAGGCAUUGUCUUCCGAUCGGUUCGCGCCGAAGAGAAAGAGGCGAGACGAUUCAACGGCCUCAAGCAAAAAGCUAUGGAGAUCCUAUUUGCAAAGAUUCAAGAUGAAUUUGAAAAGGAGGACAAAGGUGAUGACAAACCUCAACGCAGGAGGCGGGCGAUCAGUCGUCAGGCUAUUGCAGGUCUUCAAUCUGGAGAGGAGCUGUGUGAAGCUGUGGGGGAAGACCCAGCUCACCUCGAGGCUCACCUGAGUGAGCAGCAGUUGGAGACCCUGAACACGUACAGGCGUUGUGUGAUGGAGAAGAAGCAGGCGCAGCUGCAGGAUCGUUUCCAACGAGCUCUUGAAAGUGCAGAGGCCAGCGACGGGAGCUGUCCCAAGCGAGAGGUCACGCCUGUGUGGCGACUCAGUGUCGCUGACUCCAGGGACCAACGCGGCAGUGUUUACCAGUUGAGCCUUUGGCGACCCUCCUCGGAUCUCCAGGCUUUACUGAAGGAAGGCCGUCGAUACAAAGUCUAUAAUCUCACCACUUCGGAUGGAAAGAAACACAACGGGAGCUCAAAUGUUCAGCUGACUGGGACAAAGAAAACUCAGUUUCAGGAACUUCAGGCUUCUCGAGAAUGGUCAGCAACCCGUUUUCAACCGAGGGUCUCAACCUGCUUUGUGGACCUUCAAAACCCAGAAUUCCAGUCGCUGUGUGGAGAAGUAGAUCUCACAGGAUUUGUGAUCCAAAUAGUGGAUGGACAGGGUUUCUCUCCUGCAUUUUAUCUGGCCGAUGGGGAACUCAACUUUGUCAAAGUCCGCUGUUUUAGCAGCUUUGUUCAGUCCGGCUUGGAGGAUUUGGUAAAACCACGUGUGCUGUUGUCUCUGAGCAACCUGCAGCUGAGAGGCCAGUCGGCAUCGCCCACUCCGGUUGUGUACGCCGGAGAUCUGACCAUCUUCUCAGCAAACCCCAAGGAAGGUCAUCUCCAGGAAUCACUCAGCCAAAACAGAAAACUACGUCAGAGUCAGGAAAACUUCUUUCUAAUUGCUGAAGAGACGCUUUCACAUUUAGUGCAAUCUGACGGGCGGAGGCCCCUCUCUUCUCCGGCCUUGCACACACGAACCCCAGCAUUUACAACGACCAUGAUACAAGACACAACAGCAAGUGGCGCUUCUCAGCAGCUUGUCAGAAGCCGCGGCUCCUUCACACCUUUAGGCAGGAAACCUCCCGCAGCAAACUGUUCGACAGAGAAAGACGCCGGCAGCGUGAAGAGGAGGAGAGCUUUGAACUAUCUGUCUCACAUACCGUCUCCGCCGCUCCUCAAUCUGGGCUCAGUGGCUUCCCCGUGUUUAAAUAAGACAUUCAACCCCCCUCGGCGGUCCGGGACACCAAGCACUUUAAAAACUGUACAGACUUCAGCUCAGAAAGCUGUCAAUUCACCGGUGGAGGAUGACUGGGUGAAAGACGAGGAACUGGCCAUGAUCGAUACUCAGGCAUUGCGGGUUGGUGAUUUACUGCAGGUACAUAAACUUCAACUUUUAAAGAACUGUACAAAUCAACAAAUGUAAAGGCUGCAUAUGGAAUAUAUUUUGUGGUUGUUGUUUUCCCACUGGACAAAUUAAAGAGGUAAAAUCCCUUCAGGUUGGUAAAAUCUUGUUGUUGCUUUAAACUGAUUUCAUGCUUUUCUUCUAGUCGACAAUAAAUUUCAUCAAAGUGAACCACAAUUUAGAUUUGCACUCCUGCAAUUGAUGUAUAUGAUCCCCUAUUGGUGCUCUGGGAACACAUAACAAAAGCCUGAUCAGGUAGUGAUACCUUUAGAGAAUGUAAGUUACUGAACUCUAAAACUUUAUGUAUUCUGAACAGCAAAGUGCAAUUUUGAACAAACUAAGAUUGUUACCUAUACUAUUGGAGGGGUAUUCAACUAAAAUGUAAAGCGGUCUGGUUAGAGAAGUUCUAGAAACAAAGGUCUGAAGAUCAUAAUGUGAUUAUUUAGUAUGAUUAAAUAGAGGGAUAGAGUUGUAUCCACACACGCUGUAUGUAAUCAAUACACGACUAACCAAUCAAAUGAAUUCUAUGGAAGUAAAUCUGUGUCAUCGGGGAUUGAAAUAAAAAGGUG